GUUGAGCCUGCGCGUGCGGCGUGCCAUCCAUAACAAAUUCAUGUCCGCUUCCUCUCUCUCUCUGUCUCUCUCUCCUCUGUCUUCCUCUCGACGCGUAGCCGCGCGCCUAUCCGUCUCUUUCCGUCCCACUAAGGAGCACUGAUUAUUUUGGCCAACACAAUAGCCAGCUAGCUCUCUCUCUCUCUCUCUCUCUCUCUCUAAAUGGUAGUAGGUUUGACUCACCUGUAUUCCACUGCCUGCUUUCUUUCACCUUCUAUGCAUUUUGACAACUUCUAUCCACACACAAAUUGCUUAUAAAACCUCCCCAUUUUCACACUCUUCACAUUCGUAGUUUGUUGAACCUUCAAAUCGAAGAAAGCAUGGCAUUCUUCAUCUUUAUUCUCCUUCUUUCGCUCUCUUCUGCGAUGGCCUGUGAUCGAUGCGUCCAUCGAUCAAAGGUCGCCUACUAUUCCUCCCCUUCUGCAAUUCCAGCUGGGGCGUGCGGUUAUGGCUCCAUGGCACUGGCUUUCAAUGGUGGAUACGUUGCUGCUACAAGCUCUGCUUUGUACCGAGAAGGAAUUGGUUGUGGCGCCUGUUUUCAGAUUAGGUGCACAGAUUGGACUGUAUGUAGCAAAGGGGGAUCACAGAUUAUCGUCACUGACCUCAAUUACGACAACCACACCGAAUUUGUGCUGAGUGGUGCUGCCUUUUUCGGGAUGGCUAGAAAGGGAAUGAAACAACAACUAAAAAAAAUUGGGGUUGCAGUUGUUGAAUAUAAAAGGGUACCAUGUGACUAUAAGAAUAAGAACCUCUCUGUAAUGGUGGAAGAGAGUAGCCAAUAUCCAUACUAUCUGGCCGUCAAAUUCGUGUAUCAAGGGGGCCAAACAGACAUAGUUGCAGUCGAUGUUGCUCAAGUGGGUUCUUCGAAUUGGCGUUAUAUGACGAGGAAUCAUGGAGCAAUUUGGGAUACAAACAGAGUACCGCAAGGGGCUUUGCAAUUUAGGUUAGUUGUGACAGGGGGGUACGAUGGUAAAUGGAUAUGGGCACAAAGUGUUCUUCCCGCUGAUUGGACAAAAGGGGCUGUAUAUGAUUCAGGCGUUCAGAUACACGACAUUGCUCAAGAAGGUUGCUCGCCCUGUGAUUCAGAAGACUGGCACUCAUAGAAAUCCCUCACCAGUCACUACUCACUAGUGAAAUGACAUCGUUUAAGUUAAACAAAAACACGUGUAUGUAGUGACAAAAGAAAAAGGAGAAAAUUGUAGUGCAAUUUUGUAAUAAACUAAUUGUGUGAAAUGUAAUAAAAAAAACAAAGAAAAAUCCUCCUUACCAUCAUCAUUAUCGUCGAAAGUUAUAUUUUACUAUAUCAAGAGUUAUACCAUAAAUGAAGUCGGAUAUCUCAUAUC